AUAAUAACUCAUACAUACAUAUUUCUUCUCUCUUAUUUAUUUUCUCCUCAUUGCAUUUGCAUACUUUUAGGCAAAUUAACCAUGGCUGGUGGAGGCUUCGCCACGAGUGGCGGAGGUGAAUUUGAGGCAAAGAUUACUCCGAUCGUCAUAAUUUCAUGUAUUAUGGCUGCUACCGGUGGUCUUAUGUUCGGUUAUGAUGUUGGUGUUUCAGGUGGUGUGACAUCUAUGCACCCAUUUCUGAAGAAGUUUUUCCCAGCAGUAUACAGAAAGACAGUGUUAGAGGCAGGAUUAGAUAGUAAUUACUGCAAAUAUGAUAAUCAAGGAUUGCAGUUAUUUACAUCAUCCUUAUACCUAGCUGCAUUAACUUCAACUUUCUUUGCAUCCUAUACAACUCGAACAAUGGGGAGAAGACUCACCAUGUUGAUUGCCGGAUUUUUCUUCAUUGCUGGAGUUGCAUUCAAUGCUGCUGCUCAAAACCUUGCCAUGCUCAUUGUUGGCAGAAUCUUACUUGGUUGUGGUGUUGGUUUUGCUAAUCAGGCUGUGCCAGUUUUCCUUUCAGAAAUUGCACCUUCAAGAAUUCGUGGAGCUUUGAAUAUACUGUUCCAGCUCAAUGUCACCAUUGGAAUUUUGUUUGCUAACCUUGUCAAUUACGGCACUAACAAAAUUUCAGGUGGAUGGGGUUGGAGACUAUCUCUUGGUUUGGCUGGUAUCCCAGCACUUCUCCUAACAGUGGGUGCAAUAGUGGUUGUGGACACCCCCAACAGUCUCAUUGAGCGUGGUCGCCUUGAAGAAGGAAAAGCUGUACUUAAAAAGAUUCGUGGCACUGACAACAUUGAACCCGAGUUCUUGGAGCUUUGUGAGGCAAGUCGUGUUGCUAAAGAGGUCAAGCACCCUUUUAGGAAUCUUCUCAAACGCAAGAACCGACCUCAACUUAUCAUUUCCAUCGCAUUACAAAUAUUCCAACAAUUCACAGGCAUCAACGCGAUCAUGUUUUAUGCACCAGUUUUGUUCAAUACAGUGGGAUUCAAGAAUGAUGCUUCCCUCUAUUCAGCUGUGAUUACUGGUGCAGUUAAUGUCCUCUCCACAAUUGUGUCUAUCUACUUCGUUGAUAAACUUGGUCGUCGUAUGUUACUGUUGGAAGCCGGUGUACAAAUGUUCUUGUCUCAAAUUGUGAUAGCAAUCAUUCUUGGGAUCAAGGUGACUGAUCAUUCUGACGAUCUUUCAAAAGGCUAUGCAAUAUUUGUUGUUAUCUUGGUAUGCACUUUCGUGUCUGCCUUUGCUUGGUCUUGGGGUCCUCUCGGUUGGCUUAUUCCAAGUGAGACAUUUCCACUCGAGACUCGAUCAGCUGGACAAAGUGUCACAGUUUGUGUCAACAUGUUGUUCACCUUUGUCAUUGCUCAGGCUUUUCUAUCUAUGUUAUGCCACUUCAAGUUUGGAAUCUUCUUGUUCUUCUCUGGCUGGGUUUUGAUCAUGUCAAUCUUCGUGCUUUUCUUGGUGCCCGAGACCAAGAACAUACCAAUUGAAGAAAUGACCGAGAGAGUAUGGAAACAACAUUGGUUCUGGAAGAGGUUUAUGGAAGAUGACAAUGAGAAAGUAUCUAAUGCUGAUUAUCCUAAGAUCAAAAAUAAUCCAAAUUCCCAAUUGUAAAAUACUAUGCUUAGUUAUUUUGAUUUGUGCCUUCUUUUGGAAGUUGGAUUUUAUUUCUUCCCUGUUUCUUCUUUGUUACAAAUUUUGUCUAUGGAAACAAUAAUAAUAUAUAUGGAUUAUUUUUUUCA